UGGAGCGAGGCUUCCCUGUGGCACUGCCCUGCUUUGCUGCCAGGCGGGCUGAGGGCGCAGGGAGCAGUGCCUUUCCCUUCUCUCGGUGAGGCUCUGUCCUCCUGUUUCCCUGCGGUUUUGGCUGAGGACAGCUUCACACUUCAUGGAAUGUCACCACCAUCUUCAGAUCCUGCCUCAGCUUUUCAGUCAGCCUGACAGUAAGAGUAGCUGCUCUCCCUCAGAUCGGUGUUGUUCCCAGCUUUAAUGAGGAGGCUCUUCAGGACGACUUCCAGGUUGUUACUGAAAAUUGCAAAUACUGCUGCCGAGCUCUGGGGUUUAGUUGCCUGUUCAGACAGAAAAGACAGGGAUAGCCAUUCCCUGACUGAUGUUCCCUUCAGCUUAGCAGGAGCUCAGGUUUCAGGUUCAGGUGCUGUGAUUAUUGGCACGUAAAGGUCCGAUUUCUCCCACACAAGUGAAAUCCUCUUGUACAGAGGGCGUUGUGUUCAUUUCCGAUGAUUUAUAACCAGUAGUUCUUUCUUAACUGGCAGUUCUGUGUUAACUGCUGCUUUUCUCUUUAUCCUCUCCCCUGAAGGGAGAAGUCUUUUGCAAGCACUCUGUCCCAUUAGCUUUUAAGAUGCCUGAGAAGAUUUAACUUAGGCUUAAUACAGCAAAUUGUUCCCACAGAGGGAGUCAUCCUCAAACAGCAAGCAGGGCACCGGAGCAUUGUAGCGUGUGUUUUACAACAUCUCUGCCACAAAAAAACCCCAAUAAACAUUAUGAAAGCCUCGGACUCAGGUUUUCUUUUCUAUGGUUGCAAAAGGACAAUAUUUUUUUUCUCAUUUUUUUAAAAAAUUGAGCUUUCCCUUGAGCUGUAGCUUUUGGAAUUUUCUGAUGAAGUGAUAGUCUUGGCUGGCAUUUUAAAAAACCCUGCUUUUCAUGACUGCUGAAAAACAUUGAAAUGUGUUUUCCUUUAAGGGUGCUGCUUCAGGGCAGUCAACAGCAUACCAUGAAUAGCACCAGACACCAGUCUCUGUUCUUUGUCAGUCUGCCUGAGCUGCAAAAACUCUGUGCUGCUACAGUAACACUGAGUUCUCAGAUACCAGAAACUGAGGCAAGGAGCACACAGAUAAAGACUUGCAGGCAAUUAUUAUUCCUGUAUCAAGAGAUCCUUUCUGCACCUGUUAUGGGGACACUGGAUCAAAUUUCGGUUGUGAUGCCGAUACCAUUUUAUGAAUCAGGAAUAUGUCAAGCCUAUGUAGAGAGACACGGAGCUACUCUGGAAGCACCGCAAACAGUUACUCCAGCCCUUCUCCAAACCUGUCUCUCCUACACACUCACAGCCAGGCUUGCACCCAGAUGGAACAAGGCUGGUCAUCUCUUGGUGCAAGGGAAAGACUUUUUGUCUCAUUCAGGAAGGCAAAAUGCUGUUGUUAUAGACCUGAAUGUGUCAGAGAGACAGCUUUGCAUCAGUGUGGAGCCUUGCUCAGUUCGGCUGCCACCCCCCGAGCUGGCAGAUUUUGAUAUUCCAGCAAACACCGUAAAGCUGUUUGACAGCAAUGAAAACACAGUUAUUCAGCAACAUUCCAUAUUAAGUAACUGGUGCUAUGUUUUGCCAAGCAUGAAGAUGGGUCAGAUCAUAAACAUCAGCCACAUAAUUCCUCCAGAAUCCCCUUUCCGUUCAUAUAAGGAUUUUCAGAUGCACUGGAAGAGUCUGUAUGGAUAUAUUCUUCCUGAGGAUCUUGAAGAGACAAAAAUAUACUUGAGUGUUUACUUCAAACCAAUAGGGGAAAGGUUCUUCACGUACCCUUUAAGUUGCAUCCGAAGUCAGCCAGUGCAGUAUUUCCCCAGAACAGAUGCAGAAAGUGUAGUGAACUCUUUUCUUUCUGACAUGAAGAGCAAUUUUUCACAGCUGUGUGGAUUUCCAGUAAAGAUGACAAGUAAAGCACUUUAUGCCACAAAGGAACUCGCCAGGGCUUCAGUGCAUGAAAUAAAACCUAAGCAUACGAAAUUGGACGGUGAGAUGGUUUGUGUAGUAUCUCUAUCGGAGGCUCCUCCAAGAAAACCUAAUUUGCCUGGAAUUCCUUCAACGUGCAGUACGGGAAACAGCCACUGGAUGGAGCGUUUGAUCAAAGAGCCAGGAACACACAGUUUUUCGAGCAGCAUCAAGACUCCAGGAGGGGUUAGCAUUGAAGCAACAGAGAAAGCAAUGAGCAAUAAGCAAAUACCAGGCGUACCAGAGUUACCAGAUGCAAAAUCUUUAGGAACAUCUGUAAACUCAGCCCUUGAAUCCACGCUCCCAAAAGUCAGCAAAAUUAUACCAAUUUUCAAAGGAAAGUUGAUGCAAAUGAAUGGAAAGAUCACAAAUCAAACAGAUAGGAAGAAAAAGGAAAAUGCUGAAAGGCAUUCACUAAUAAAAAGUGUGGGUGUUUCAUCUUCUUUGCUGUCUGUGCACAAAUCCAGCAUAACUCAGGUUUUCAAACACAUUCAAAAUAUGCCAGUCAAAACUCCUACUGACAGCAGCGUGCUUCAGGUAAAGAGCAUGAAAACACACACAAAACAUGGUACACCCAUAUUCCGAUGGAAAACCCAGUCUAGUGGACAAAUUACUAACUCUGAUUUUUCUGAAAACUCAGCUUCAGGUGGGAGUCCAAGUGAAGUCAAUCACAAAAAGGCAAAUUCUCCAUUCGUUCUUAAGAAUGUUGGGCCAGUGCUUCAGAAAUCAAACACCAGUCCAUGUCUGAACACACAUGAAUCUUCUACUUCCAGUGCAAGAAGGGGGAAAAAGUUUACAGGUCAAAAUACUGCUCAAUUUCUUGAGAAACAACACCAGUCAAUGGAAGUGCAUUUGCAGAUUUGUAAAUCAGACAACGAAAUGACAAAUUCCAGUUUGUCACUGCAACAAACAAAGAGAUCAAAUAAAGGAGCUGGGUUAAAUAUUAAUGAAUCUGUCUUCAAAGAUACAGUGUGCGUGGCCAAAAGUGAAGAAAACAAAGCAGCAUGCCACUCUCAGGACUGUACUGCUGAGAAGCCUAACUUUGAACAGAUGAUUACAGAGAACAAGUAUCUGACAUGUGAAACACUGACCUCAAAACCGACUUUGCCAGUCAAGGAGAGCAACAUGGAAGCAUCUGUAAAGAAAACUUGUGCCAGAAGAAGACAGCAGAAAGAAGAAGGUUAUUCAAAGUUAAAGAGAGUCAAAAGAAGUAAAACUUCUACUUAAAGUGUUCUGGAGCAUUGAAAGAAAACUGGGUUUCCAAGGGGGCAGUAACAUACUUGAGAAUCUCUGAACUUUCUGUAUUUUGCUCUUUGUCAUUGGUAGCUGUUUCUGGAAGAAAAUUUGAGGGUUAAAUACAGUCAAGUGAAUCCAUGUAUCAUCAACUUCUUCAGACAGUUCAGGUUAAUAAGCCUGUAAUGCAUUUGAAAAUUUAACUAAAUUGUUUGGUUUUUUAAUCACAUUUUGUAUGUCCUGCUACUUGUUAACACAGUUAAUAAUUGUUCCAAAUUAUAUUAUUGUUUCUAGUUGGGUUUUAAGAUAAAAUAUAUCAUUCUUUGUUACAGUGUCUGGGCCAGUUUGAUUAAUCAGUAAAACAUUCCCAAAUAAGUUUUCCUUGUCAAGUCAAAUGAUUAAAAAAGAAAUAAUUUUAUUCCUACAGGAAUAAUUUAAAGGCUGGAUUUGACUCAAUUUUUGUUGAAUUUCUUGAUGACUUUUCAGAUAUGAAACUGCUCUGUAAAAUAUUUUUUUAAGUUUGAUUGACAACCCCAUUCUUCAGGAGUUCAUAGAGAACUUGUAGUUGCCCUUUCAGUAAUUUUAUUACUGUAAGUGUGACUUCAGUGACCUACUUCAACAUCCAGAUACAAAUAUAUACACAUAUAUAGGAUUGUUGCCUCAUAAUCACUUCUUUGAAGUGAAUAUUGUUAUGUUAACUGGAAAAUAAGAAUCAAAUGUCACACUAGCUCCUAAACCCAAAUCUUACAGAACUGUCGUUUAACACUUCUUUUGGACAUACACUUGCAAAUCUUUUUUUCUAAAGGGCUUGAUACAAUGGGACUUUAUGCCCUUCAUGAAUUUGGUUUUUUUAUGUUUAUGUUGCAAUAGUUGUAUUUCUCUUCACUUCAUUUUUCCAAGUUGGAUUUUGUCCUACUACUAUGACAACUUUUGUUGGUUUUUUGUUUUGUUUGGGUUUUUUUGUGGAAUGGUGACUGUCAACAUAGCUCUAAUUUCAUGGUGCCAGUGUUUAAAAAGGAAGUGAGCUCUUCAGCAAUGUAAUUUUCUCAUACAUAAUACAAAAAAAACCCCACAAAACAGCAAGCCAAGACAAAUAAUAAAAGAAGUUAGUGCAAUAUGCAGCAAGAAAUUAAAUUAUAUUUACAUUUUGUCUGGAAGCUGGUAUACAAGGCUACUUUUCAAAUGCUGCAGUUUAGUUACCUUUCUUAAGUUUGACUGUAUGUAACUGAUCUUUCUCCUGUCUUACAGGGAAAAGCCUGUAGAUUAUUUGCAUUUCUGCCAUGCUAUAUAAAUUAGUGUUUUGCCUGAUCUGUUUCCUAUUGUUGGUUGUAAAAUGCUGCUGGUUGCCAACAUUUUUCUUGAAUUAUCACAGAAGUAAUUUUGCACUAUUUUGCAUUUUUAAAUGUUUAUAUCAUUUUGUGUUAUCUCUUAUAAAACUCAAAAUACAGAAAAAUUUAUUUACACCUCA